AAAAAGCAGGGAAAUCCACUUCUCGGAUGCUGAUGCUUUCAGCUUUCAGAACAACUGUGGAGUUUUUCGGUUUUUUGCAAAGCUCGAAAUGAUAAAUGAAAAACUUUUCCGCUAUGCUAUAAGAGACAAGUUAGAACCAGAUGAUGCUUUGAUGUAUGAAGAAGAUCUGGACGAUGAAGACUGUGGUGAAGCAGAAUUUGAGGAAACCGUGAAAUUAAAACUGCUACGUAUGAUGGUGCCAUCUUUGACCUCAGCUGUGUAUUUCUUUGUAUUUUUGGGCCUGUGCACAUGGUGGUCCUGUUGCCAAGCAUUUGAUCCGCUGAUGUUCAGCUGUCUGUGUGUAUUAAUGGCUAUAUUCAGUGCGGGGCACUUGAUUGGACUUUAUCUGUACCAGCUGCAGUUCUUUCAGGAGGUUGUUCCACCAAAAGACUUCUAUGCCAGAUUGUUCGGCGUCACUUCUCUUACGCAGACGAACUGCUCAAGCACUUGGAUGAUCAUCAAAAAUCAAGAGUUGCAUUGGUAUCACCACGCUAAUCCAGUCUUACUGCUGGUGAUGUACUACACCCUCGCAACUCUUAUCCGUCUCUGGCUACAAGAGCCCAUUAUGCCUGACGAAGGGAAAUCUGUUAGCAGGGAAGAUGACAAAGAAAUAGCCUGCAGUCCAGUUCCAAUGACAGCGGAGAGACGGCGCAGUCUGUGGUAUGCCAGCCACUAUACAACUGAUGAGAGAAAGCUUCUGUCAGUGACUCAAGAUGAAUACAAGCCAUCGGAUGUGCUGCUGGUAACAGUGAACGGGAACCCUGCUGACUAUCACACCAUCCACCCCGCGCUGCCAUUAGAAAAUGGCCCGGCCAAAGCAGACAUGUACUCAACACCACAGUACAAGUGGGAGCGUUCGGAUGACAUGUCAGAAAAGGAAGAGGAAGAGGAGGAGGAGGAGGAAGAAGAGGAAGAGGAACCUACUCAGGAGGAAAAAGAAAAUGUUAAAUUACAUGCCCUAGUCUCCGUGUUCCAGUUUAUCAUGAAACAAAGUUACAUUUGUGCUCUGAUAGCUAUGAUGGCGUGGAGUAUCACAUAUCACAGCUGGUUGACUUUUGUGUUACUGAUUUGGUCUUGCACAUUGUGGAUGAUCCGGGACCGAAGGAAAUACGCCAUGAUCAGCUCACCAUUCAUGGUUUUCUAUGGAAAUUUACUGCUAACAUUGCAGUAUAUAUGGAGUAUUGAGCUCAAGAAUGAUGAGCUUCCUCAAGUGUCUGGUUUUUUAGAAAGAAAGGAACCUGGGGAGUUGGCAUCAAAGAUUCUUUUCACAAUUACUUUCUGGCUACUGCUUAGGCAACACCUCACUGAACAGAAAGCACUUCGUCUAAAGGAAGCUACUUUAUCUGAGGUCAAAGUUGGAAGUGAAGAAAAUGAAGAAAAAGAACAGACAGAAGCCAAAUAUUACUAUGUAUUUGCAGAAGAGGAGUCGCAAGAGGGAGAAGUGGCAGAAGAACAGGAGGAGGAAAAGGAGGAGGAGGAGGAAGAGGAUGAUGAGGAUGAACAGGAUAUUAUGAAAGUCCUGGGGAAGUUGGUGAUGGCCAUGUUCAUCAAGUACUGGAUUUACGUCUGUGGGGGCAUGUUCUUCUUUGUCAGCUUUGAGGGUAGAAUUGUCAUGUACAAAAUCAUCUAUAUGGUACUGUUCCUCUUCUGUGUGGCCCUCUAUCAGGUGCACUAUGAAUGGUGGAGAAAGAUUUUAAAGUACUUUUGGAUGUCAGUGGUUGUUUACACGAUGUUGGUACUUAUCUUCAUCUAUACGUACCAGUUUGAGUCAUUCCCUGGGUUGUGGAAGAACAUGACAGGCCUGGAUGAAAGCAAACUUGCAGACCUUGGCUUAAAACAGUUUUCUGUGGCUGAGCUGUUCACACGCAUAUUUAUCCCCACCUCCUUCCUCCUGGCAUGUAUCUUACACCUUCACUAUUUCCAUGACCGGUUUCUCCAACUCACCGAUUUAAAAGCUGUAACCAGCAAACAGGACAACACUAUUUACAGCCAUGCCAAAGUCAAUGGCCGUGUCUAUUUAAUAAUUAAUAGACUGGUGCACCAAGAUGGAAGCCUGCCUGACAUAACUAUGAUGAAUUUAACAGCCAGCAGAGAAAAGGAAGAGGAUAAAAUGCUGGAAGAAGCUGGUGAGAAAAGAAUGGAAGAGCCAGAGGGCGAGGGAGGGAAAGGGAGGGUCGAAAAAGGAAAAGAAGAAGAGAAGGAGAAUCAGGACAAAGAAGAAGAAGAUGAUGAUGAUGAAGAAGACAAUGAAUCAGAAGAAGAAGAAACUACAGACUUAAGGAACAAGUGGCAUCUGGUGAUCGACCGCCUUACAGUGCUAUUUUUGAAAUUCCUGGAGUAUUUUCAUAAGAUGCAAGUCUUUGUGUGGUGGCUGUUGGAGCUGCACAUCAUCAAAAUUGUUUCCUCUUACAUCAUCUGGGUCACAGUGAAAGAGGUGUCUCUGUUUAACUUUGUGUUUUUAAUUGCCUGGGCUCUUGCUUUGCCAUAUGCUCAGUUUCGCCCAUUGGCAUCAAGUAUCUGCACUGUUUGGACAUGUGUGAUUAUUGUCUGCAAAAUGUUGUACCAGCUCACAUCUAUUGAUCCCAGCACUUUUUCCAGUAACUGUACGUUGCCAGGAGAGAAUGAAACUAAGGUCAACUUAGAAGAGCUCAAAACCUCAGUCCUCUACAGUGGGCCAGUUGAUCCUGCAGAGUGGGUUGGAUUGAGGAAGUCUUAUCCCCUGCUCGUGUACUUAAGGAAUAACUUACUGAUGCUGGCUAUUCUGGCUUUUGAAGUUACAAUUUACCGUCAUCAAGAGUACUACAGAUGUCGAAAUAACCUUACUGCACCUGUGACUAAAACCAUUUUCCAUGAUAUUACGAGAGCACAUCUGGAUGAUGGACUGGUAAACUGUGUCAAGUAUUUCAUAAACUAUUUCUUCUACAAGUUUGGUUUGGAGACCUGUUUUCUUCUAUCGGUGAAUGUAAUUGGUCAACGAAUGGAUUUUUAUGCCAUGAUUCAUGCCUUCUGGCUGAUUGCUGUAUUGUAUCGACGCAGAAGAAAAGCGAUUGCAGAAAUCUGGCCAAAAUACUGCUGUUUCCUGGCAUGCAUCAUUACAUUCCAGUACUUCCUUUGCAUUGGCAUCCCACCUGCUCCUUGUAAAGACUAUCCAUGGAGGAGUGGUAAUGCCAACUUCAACUCCAAUAUCAUAAAGUGGUUAUACUUUCCAGACUUCAUUGUGAGACCAAACCCUGUCUUCCUUGUCUAUGAUUUCAUGUUGCUGCUGUGUGCAUCCUUACAAAGACAGACGUUUGAGGAUGAAAAUAAAGCUGCAGUACGAAUCAUAGCUGGAGACAAUGUGGAAAUUUGCAUGAAUCUUGACGCAGCAUCUUUUAGCCAGCAUAAUCCUGUUCCCGACUUCAUUCACUGCCGGUAAGAACUGAAUCUUAAACAUUUGGAAAAAACAGCUCUUCCUUUUUGUGAAGUUCUCUACUGUGAAA